AUGGAGGAUGAGGAUGAGGAGAAUGAAGACUAUGAGGAGGAUGAAGGUGAGCAGGAUCAGGAGGAGAAGGAGUAUGCAGAGGAGGGUGAAGCCAGAGCAGGCCCUUCUCAUCCACCCAAAUGGCUGAAUCAUUGCCCUGAGUGUGGGCAGAGCUUCCCACCUGGCUCAAAGACAGUGAAGCAGCACUGCCCCCACGCUGGCAGCCGGCCCUUCGUCUGUGGUGAGUGUGGCAAGAGGUUCAGGAGGAGAUCCUAUCUCACACAGCAUCGCCGCCUCCACACUGGUGAGAAACCUUUCACCUGUGCAGACUGCGGGCAGAACUUCAGCCGCAGGUCUAACUUCACCCAACACCACCGCACCCACACCGGUGAGAGGGCGUACAGUUGUGCCCACUGUUUCAAGAGCUUCACUCGGAGCACUGCUUUCACCCAGCACCGCAGCGUGCACAGCACGGAGAAGUCCUUCACCUGCCCUGACUGUGGCAAGAGCUUCAAACACAGGUCUAACCUUACCAUCCACCGCCGCAUCCACUCUGGAGAGUUGUUCCCCUGUACUGAGUGCGGCAGGAGAUUCACCACGAGCACUUUAUUCAUCCAGCAUCAACUCAUCCACAGUGGUGAAAAAUUGUACAGCUGUGCUGACUGCGGCAAGAGCUUCACCUGCAGCUCCACCCUCACUCGGCACCGUCGUGUGCACACUGGUGAGAAGCCUUUCACCUGUGCUGACUGUGGCAAGAGCUUCACCCAGAUCUCUACUCUCACUAACCAUCGCCGCACCCACACCGGAGAGAAACCUUUCACGUGUGCUGACUGCGGCAAGAGUUUCAACCGGAGGUUCUACCUCACCCAGCAUCGCCGCCUCCACACUGGAGAGAAGCCUUUCACCUGUGCUGACUGUGGCAAGAGCUUCACCCAGCUCUCUACUCUCGCUGACCAUCGCCGCACGCACACUGGAGAGAAGCCUUUCACCUGUGCAGACUGCGGGCAGAACUUCAGCCGCAGGUCUAACCUCGCCCAGCACCGCCGCACCCACACCGGUGAGAGGCCAUACGGCUGUGCUGACUGUGGCAAGAGCUUCACUCAGCGCUCUGCUCUCACCCAGCACCGCAGUGUGCACAGCACAGAAAAGUCCUUCACCUGCCCUGACUGCGGCAAGAGCUUCAAAUGCAGCUCUACUCUCACCAACCACCGCCGCAUCCACACCGGAGAGUUGUUCCCCUGUGCUGAGUGCGGCAAGAGCUUCACCACGAGCACUUUAUUCAUCCAGCACCAACUCAUCCACAGCGGUGAAAAAUCAUACAGCUGUGCUGACUGCGGCAAGAGCUUCACCUGCAGCUCCACCCUCAGACACCACCGUCGUGUGCACACUGGUGAGAAGCCUUUCACCUGUGCUGACUGUGGCAAGAGCUUCACCCAGAGCUCUACCCUCACUGACCAUCGCCGCACCCACACUGGUGAGAAGCCUUUCACGUGUGCUGACUGCGGCAAGAGCUUCAGCAGGACCUCUCAUCUCACCCAGCAUCGCCGCCUCCACACCCGUGAGAAGCAUUUCACCUGUGCUGACUGUGGCAAGCACUUCACCAGAAGCUCCAACCUCAUCAAGCACCGCUGCAGCCAUGCCCCUGACCAGACAAACUUUGGGGGAGGUGCAAAUAGAUCCACCCAGAAUCUGUUGGGAUAA